GUUACCGCCUCAGUCUCAACAGUCAGUGAUGUAUCCAGCAGGCCUGGCCACGACGCUGCUGGCGCUGCUGGCGAGAAAUGUCACCUCCAGCCUCGACUGUGUCUGCAACGACAUCGACUACGUCACCGACGGAAUCUGUGAUGGUGAAGGAGUGAUCUGGAAGAUUUACUGCGAAGGUUUCGAUGAUUACUGGGUGCACGAGACGUGCGAGACCCUCGCACCGCCGUCCGUGGCAGCGCUGGCCCUGGCACGCCUGGUGCCGCGCAGCUGGAGCCGCGGGCUUUCCCCACCAGUGGAGUGGGAAGCCCCGCGACCUGCAGGGGCAGUCCGGCGGCCUACAGGGGGAGUCCCGUGGCCUGCAGGGGGAUCCCCGGGUCCCACGGCAGAAGAGGGGUGCGGCGGCGCCCUGGAGGCGGUCCGCGGCCUUCAGGGACAGCAGGCCAGGGAGCUGUUCUAUAUAGACAUUCCGUGCCACAUCGCUACCAACUGCAUCGACUCCUGCCGUGUACACGGGUUGAACGACGUGGAAUGGAACUUGGGAACGCUGCCAAAUGAUCAUCUGAGGGACAGUAUUCUUUCCCCUUUAAUGCACACUGUUCGGCGCAUCACAAGAGCCAUAAUCGUCAGGAGAUGGUGCUAUUACCGACGACAAAUUAAGUUUUCUGUCCGGCACUUGAACAAAACUGGGUUCCUGGAACGCUACUCCAGCUACAGGCGAGAGUCCGCGCAGCUGCUCUCCCUCGGUGUGACGCAUCUCUCACACCUGUUCAUUCCCCUCGCUUUCGAACACAUGGGUAACCAUAUGAGUGAUGAACUACUUCCUGGAUGGAUUAAGAACGUAAAACGUGUGAGAGACAUGUUGCACACGAAAUUAAGAGGCUGGGUACAAGAUACGCAAUUCGUCAUCGACCAGACAGUGAAUUACAAGAUUGAAGAGGACAAGAAUAGUUCUGGAAAGUAUAUUCUCAGGCGGCCGCUGUUGAGUGAUGCGCUACUGGUCUACCAUGGGGAGUAUCUCUCCUUUCAUGACGACUUCAGUGAGCUGUGUGAGGUGCAACAUCCAGAGGCUUCACAAAUGUUCGGUCUCGCCGAUGCACUGUACAACUUCUAUCAUCGCUACUGGUAUGAUAGAGCACUGGACUACAGAUCACUGGACUUCAACCAAAAAUAUAAAUAUUAUACCAAGACCGUGGAUGAGGAGUGGCAGCUGGAAGACAGAAGCAACGCUACGCUCUACGUGGACACUGGCUGCGUGCAGCUGUUGGUGAAUGCCCUGGACCAUCCCACGUGCCCACUGGAAGACCUGCCACCAGAGAGGAUCGAGCAGCGUGAUCAGUGCCGUGUGCAACUUUGGGACGACAUGGUGCAGAGGUCACCCCACAUACCUGUGACCAGCUACCUGGCUUACACGCAGAGGGCAAACGUCAACCUCUGCCUCUUGGCCUGGAUGACUGUCAACUCACACAGCAUUUGUCAGGACGUCCCCUUUAGUAUGACGCAGUCCGUACAAGAUGCUCGCUGCUAUUUCGAUAGCCCUGACGACCAGUCGUGUCUGCAGUCGAACGAUACAGAUGCCAUCUGCUCUGUUUUCAGAGCUCUUCUGUUGCUGAAAUGUCGCGAUUUUUCCUCACAUAAGCCUCUAGAGGUGUGUGCCGUCAAACUUUACUCAGAUGGAUCGUACUCUACAGUGUUCAAUGUAACUUGGGGAGAAGGUAUCUACAAACAGUAUGGAAAGCCAACACAAAGAGCCCUGAAAUACAAAUACGGUUUAAACAGCGCCACGUUGAAAUACAAGGAUUUUAAAAUUGACAACUUAAAACCAUUAGAAAUCUCAUUUAUAACACUAAAUAUUCUUUUCCGCUUAUUGACUGCAGGGGUAUAUAUGUACCUUCCCCAGUUACGUAAUUUACCUGGAAAGAUAUUCUUGUCCUUUCAGAUCACGGGUAUAGUCCAGAUCCUGUGCUCUGAGGUCGUGUAUCGUAUGGCAGGCGUCCCUGACUUAUCGACAACAGUGCUGAUCGAUAGCGCCCUCACACUUCUAAGCUGUUUCUGGCUAAACUCAUUCUGCUACCAAAUGUUCGCAUGCAUUCGUUAUCUCAGGCUCCCUAACGACCUGCUACGUGCCGAAGCAAGCCAGAUAUUCCGUCGUCAGGCGCUGUAUGCAGUAAUAGCCUGGAGUACUCAUCUACUGCACAGCUCCUUAAAGUCGUCGAACUUCAAGUCACCACCAACUAAUUCAUGA